AUGUUAUUUGACAGCAUUUUUGCUAAAACUCAUAAAGAAUUGGAAUUUUUAAACGACGAAAUUUCUAAACUUCAGGAUGUUUAUUUAACAAAUAAUGAUAAUUCAGAUAAAGAGUCUGAUAAUGAAACUAAUGAAUUUAGUAUAAAUAAAACUAGUGAACCUUUUUCAGUGUCAUUAGUCGUAUAUAUUGAUCAUUUUUUUACUGCUUGUCAAUUUGAACAUUUUCAUAAGAUAUAUACACUUCAUCCAAUACGUAUGAUAAUGGAAGAAGAAAAAAUUCGUGAUAAGAGAUCAGAUAAGCGUGAUGAUGAUGCAUUUUUAAUGAAACUAAACCAAUUUUGCUGUUGUGUGAAAAGGUGCCUUUUAAAUGUUAAUCACCAAGCAGCACUUAAAAGGUUUCAACAAAUGAAAGCAAUGUUACAGAAUAAAUCAAAAUUGUGUUUUCUCGGAAUUAUUGAUGCUAGUAUGAAUGCAACAGAAUUUAAAAAUAGAACACAAAAAGCAUAUCUAACGAUGAAUUAUAAAUUUGAAGGUGUUAAGAUUUGUCAGAAAGCUUGUUUAACUAGACAUGUUAGCAAUUAUGCUAUUUCUUUUUCAACAGUUUUGAAUGUGCUCAAAUUUAUUAUAAAUUUUACCAAUCAACACAGACUUCCAUCACCUGAUUUCACCGAAAAUAUACAAAUUUCAUAUUCUUCACAGCAAGAAGGAGUAACAUAUUUUAAAUCACUUUAUAAGGUUGAAGUUUUUGGUGUAUGUGAGGAAGCAAUGCCAUGGCAGAUAAAUUAUCUUAUUCCAGAAGAUCAGAGUGUCGUGAAAGGUCCAAAUACUGUAAUAUCUCUUGUCCAUCAUUACUUUGCUACCCAUGGCCUUGUAAAAGUUCGAAAGUCAUUUAAUGAUGAUGAAACUGAAAUUUCAGUUGCGAAAGUUUCUUCAAUACCAAAAACCAAAAAUAAUGGAUUAAUUCUCUCAGAUGUAAUUGUUCCACAGGGAAUCAAUUUAGAACGACAAUGGUACCUGCAUGAAGAAGUUGCACAACACAUCCAAAAUCCGGCAAAAUGUGAUAUUUACUGCUCAAUGCCUAACCAGCCCAAACCAAAAAAAUUAAAAAAUCAACAAACAGUAACAUAG